CAUCGAAGGAUCAGGAAGUUUGUUCCCUUUGCGUGGCUGAGAAGUUUUUCACCUACUAGGACGGGGGUGGGGGGGUGGGGGUGGGGACAGGUGUCCUAAAAUAGAGCUCAAGCUGCAGCCUGCCUUUGGCGGUAACCCAGGAGUAACGUCAGUUACAACGUUAAAGACAUUGUGCUAGUUGCUAUGGAGAAUAUAAAAACCCAAGAAGACAAUGUCCCUGCCCUCAAGAAGUUUACAUUUGAGAGACAGCCAUACCAAAAGAAAGACUAUAAUAAAUACUUUAAAGGAAAAACAGGUGAGAAUGACCACUUUAACUCACCGGGCCCGUCGCAGUGAAGUAGGGAAGAACAAUGAAAAGAAGGUGGAAAGUGAGGAAGACACUAACCAAGAGAGAAGUCAAGACAAUGAGGACUCUGGAGACUCUAAGGAUAUCCGCCUCACCCUUAUGGAAGAAGUAUUGCUUCUGGGACUGAAAGAUAAAGAGGGUUAUACAUCUUUCUGGAAUGACUGCAUAUCAUCUGGCCUUCGAGGGGGCAUCCUGAUAGAGCUGGCCAUGCGAGGUCGAAUCUAUCUAGAACCCCCCACCAUGCGUAAGAAGCGGCUACUAGACAGAAAGGUACUACUAAAGUCAGACAGCCCAACAGGAGAUGUUUUACUGGAUGAAACUCUCAAACACAUCAAAGCAACUGAGCCCACAGAAACUGUCCAAACAUGGAUAGAGCUACUCACUGGUGAGACCUGGAACCCUUUCAAAUUACAGUACCAGCUGAGAAAUGUAAGAGAGCGAAUUGCAAAGAACCUAGUAGAGAAGGGUAUUCUAACCACUGAGAAGCAGAAUUUCCUCCUAUUUGACAUGACUACUCACCCAGUGACCAAUACAACAGAGAAACAGCGCCUAGUGAAAAAACUUCAAGAUAGUGUCUUAGAGCGGUGGGUAAAUGACCCUCAGCGUAUGGACAAGCGAACACUAGCACUCCUGGUGCUAGCCCACUCCUCCGACGUGCUAGAGAAUGUCUUCUCUUCUUUGACAGAUGACAAGUAUGACGUGGCAAUGAAUCGAGCCAAGGACCUAGUAGAACUGGAUCCUGAGGUAGAGGGGACAAAGCACAGUGCCACAGAGAUGAUCUGGGCUGUGCUGGCAGCCUUCAAUAAAUCCUAAAGCCAGCAGGUAUUUUUCCUUUUCCCUUGCUGGCCAGUGACUGUGAGAGACACCAUCACUGAAUUUUGUGUGAUGAGAUGUUUUUCAUCAUUCUUUUUUCCUUCUGUUGAAUCAGACUCGUGAUUUGGGGACAGCAACUUCAGGGCUUCUCCAUAGACCUUGACUUAUCAACAGAAUUUAUUUCACCUUAUUAUACUUCCACUCCAGAGGUGAAUAAACUGGGUUAGAACCCACAUACCCCUAGGAAACAUUUUCUCUCACUUCUAGGUUUACUUCUAUCCCGUGUUCCUUAGAAUUAGCAGGACUAUCUAAGUGAGAUUUGGAGUUCUCUAGCCACAGAAUGCAAAUGAGAUGUAGAGUAAACCAUUUAUCACAUUUUUAAAGCCUGUUUUCUAUCUUAAAUAUGUAUUUUCAGGCUGUCUCUAGGGCUCUAAGUAAUAUAGCUUAUUGACGUAACUGUCUCUCUGAAUAAGGGGCAAUGGAAACAAAACUAAUUUUUGGAGCAGAUGGUCUCUGGGAGGUAAAUGUAUGUCCCACUAGUGAUUUUCUUGUCUUUCCUUUUCUAACCUAAUGAGAAUUCCAAAUUUGAUUACCUGGUUCUCACAGCCCUAGAACAAGAAAUAUAUUCUAUACUGUCUCUUAGCAUUAUCCUACCCCAUCAUUCAGUAGAACAGAAGUCUAAGUGGAAAAAAUGUCUGUGUCAACCACCUCCUUCAUGCAGUCAGCAUUACAUUUUAUGAGGAAGGGAAGUGGCAUCAGAAUUUCCACUCUUUAGCACAUGACUGUCCAGAUGACUCUGAAUGUCUCCACUUUGACCAAAUUCAGGGAGUUGUAAAUGUCAGUUGCUGAAUACCAGCAACCUGAGUCCAGACAAUAUAACUAAACUCUAGAUCUUCUGGUUCCCUAAUUUGGCUUCCUAAAUAAAUUGAUAGAUUUUUCCCUAUGUUUAAGGAUUCUGGAAGUAGUUUUGUCUAUUUUUAGUCCAUAGAUGCCCUCCUAGUCAUUAGUCGUGUCUCAACAUAACCAUCUUUCUAACCAAACCUCUAAAACAUUUUUCACUUCAGUAGUGAGUACAAAGAGAGCUUAUUAAGAAAAAUUCUAUUUAGAAGGGCAAUUUGAUAUUAAAAGCAUCCUGAUAUAAAGUCUAGAAUUUGGGAAUAUAAAGAGGACAGGCACCAAACUGCUAAUGUCAAGCAUUUGUUAUGCUGAUACUUUUAAUGCAUCUUGCCUCUUGACAGCUACAGAGAAAUGGACUAUCAAAUCGUUAAUACAGAUGACCCAGACCUGAUGCCAGAUCUUCAUGAUCAGAAGUAAUUAAAUGAAAUUAUAAUUCUCAUCUCCUCCCCUAAACCUGUCUAGCCCCACAAAAUUCCCCAACUCAAUUAACUUUUUUCACUUUAGGUUAUACUUAAAUGACUAGAGAUACAAAUUUUUAAGUGAAACAAAUUCUUAAAUGAGAGCUUCAGUCUAGCUCUCUAAAAGUAUAAAAACCAGUGCACAUCUCUACCUGACUUAGUUUUUCUUUCCAUUUGAACAAUUCGGCAUGAAUUGAAACCAGGUUUUCCUGUGGAAAGUUUCAGCUUGAUUGGGAUGGGGGGGUAGGGUGUAGAAGUUGAGUUGAGUUCUUUCUAGUAACUCUUGGUCAGUGUUUAUUUUUAUAUUAUAUCUCAAUAGGAUGAGGAUGUCUUCAGUUUGAAUCUGCAUAAUGUUUACUGCAAAACCGCUUUUCAUUUAAUGCAUAUGGCCUUCACAUUUCUGUAUAAUAAAGAUCAAUUAUUGGCUCUCUGGUCUCUC